AUGCUCCAGUGUCAGCAACAGCUUGUCGCAGAGGCCGUGAGUGCUCGCCUCAGGGCCGAGCAAACCAACCGGUAUUCCGAACGUCGGUACCAGAUGCAGCCACAUGCACGUAAACGACCUCGUAUGGAUGACGAUGCGAUUAGCCCCUGGCUUUCUAUGCACGAGGACGUUGCGGCUGCUGCAGCUGAUGCUAAAUAUAAGGACCUGUGUGCCAGUGCGAGCGAGUCUGAGCAUGAUACUGAUUCAGAAUCGGAACUACGUGCCAGUUCGGUCUCUGAAUUAGCUGAAAGUGAAGCUUCGUGUGGGCCGGAUUAUGGCGUAUUCGCUAAAAUUGCAGCCGAGGCCACUGACCGUGAAAAGCGUGGUCGCAUAGUUCCUGUUCGCCGCCAUGCUACGUUGCCCACUUGUCCUCGACUUGAGGAGUUAGCUUACAACGGAGUUGAUUCAAGUCACUUAUCACCUACAUCUUCUACACAGCUGGCAAACCUUGGCCUUCCAACGAAUGGCAGGGUCUCCUUGGCUCUCGGGAAGGCCACUCAUUGCUUGCAUUGCCAGGGUGGGGAUGAUAUUUAA